AUGGGCAGAUUUGACAAAUAUCCACGUUUGGAAAGGGAGCCUCCUCAAUAUCGACUUACCAUUGACGACAUCAAAACACUGUCUUUAGAUACAGAUCCAUCCUUGUGGUCAAUAAUACUAGGAUUACGUGAAGAAACAUUAAAUGAACUAUUUACAAAGGCUAAAAGAAAUCGUUACACAGAAAAACAACACAUAAGGUUCCUGAAAACUUUAUCCGACUCUCUACAAUGCAAGUCAACACCUGCAUGCACUUCAAACAUUUUAAACGUGAUGAAAAAAGGAAGAUUAUUCAAUCACACAAUGAAAAUGGUCCAAUCAUGCUUAAACAAAGGAAAUACCUCUUUUGCCCUUGAUGUCAUGUUUGAAUUAAUACGCUUAUUGAAAAGAGCAAGCAGACUAAAACAAAACGAAAAACUAUUCAUAACUGAAAGUUUCAAUGUCUUAUCAAGAUUCAUGAGUACAUUUGAGAGUUCUGUGGAACAAAAACUCUUGUCACGCUUUCAUAUUGAGAUUAAGAAGUACACACUGAAUGAACAAGAGUUGUCAAAUAAAGAAAGAAGUUUCAGAAGUGCUGAAAUAUUUCCAAGCAUUGUUGAUGUAAACAAUGAGUCUAGAGCUCCUCUGAAACCAAAUCAAAUCAAGGGUGCAUAUUCAAGUACAGAUGAAUAUCUUGAAGUACAAUUUUGGCUGCUACAUGAAGACUUUAAUGCAUCUUUGAGAGAAUCUAUUAAGUGCCUAAGAGAAGUAAAGUAUAUCGAAUACACAAACGAAUAUGUAUACGAGAAAGCAGAAAUACAUUCACCCGUUUGUGGGGAUGCUGGAACAAAUUACACAUUGUACUUGCAAGGAAGAAAUGCAGACCGACUGAAAUUUGGAUCUCUUGUCUGUUUAUCAGGAGAUCAUUUUCAGACGUUUUACGUAGCAGAGGUCAUUAAACACAAUGAACCUGAAUACGUAGUAGUCCAAUUUUUGAACAAUAAUGAUGAUAAAAUACAAACGUUGAUUUGGUCAAAAUUGUUGAUGAUAGAACCGUCAGCGUAUUUUGUAGCAUAUCGGCCAGUCCUACAGAGCCUUCAAAUAACACAUGAAAUUGAUCUGCCUUUCCAAAGAUAUUUAGUGCAAUGUGAAAAAGAUAUUUUUCCUCCAAAAUAUCUAAAACGCAGGAAAUAUUUUUUUGAUCUGAGUUGUUUAUCUGGCAUAAGUUCAUCAUCGACGAUAAAAGAUCAUUUAAAGUCGGUAGAUAUUCUUGAAGAGGUUUGGCCGUUUGAGAACGAGUUUAAACUUGAUUCAUCACAACUGCAAGCUCUUAAAUAUGCACUGUCAAAUGAGAUCUCAAUCAUUCAAGGACCACCUGGCUGUGGAAAGACUUUUAUAGGAUUAGAAAUUGCUAAAGUCUUGCUUUGUAACAAAACGGCAUGGCGGCGUGAUGGUAGAGAACACUCUCAAAUGUUGGUGGUUUGUUCUGCAAACCAUGCUCUCGAUCAAUUUCUUGAAGCAAUAUGUCCUUUUCACUCUGGAAGCAUGGUAAGAGUUGGCGGAAGAAGUACUAACGAUGCUGUGGCCGGAUACAAUAUCAAAAUAAUCAGAAGCGAAUAUGAGAAAGAGAAGAAAUUCCCCGAGAUUAUGCAAAAGUUAUAUCAUCAUGCAAGCAAUGAAGUCAGUGAAAUGCGCCUGAAACUUAACAAAGAAUUAGUAAAUAUAACACACCUAAAGGAAAACAUUGUAAGUGAAUUUUUUCUUAAAGAUGUGAUGAAACUUGACCAUUACGAUCAUAUUAAAGAGUUAGGUUACAAUGAAACCUUACCUGAACGAUUUGCAUUCAAUAAAAGUUCAGGUAUGAUAAAAUGGCUAGGUAUACUAGAUACAGUUCAAAGUAUACACAAACAUUGUAAUCUCUGUGAUAGUAGUGACGGGAAUGUUCACAUAAAAGUCAAAAAUGCACAAGAGAAACACACACCGUAUGAGAUACCUGAGUUUCAUGACUUUAAAUAUAAAAACGCUUCACUGGACUUGGGUGAAACGAGUAAGGGAGUAUAUACAAAGAUUGAUAAGAAGGAAAUAAUUAAGAAGACUUUCAGAUUACAAAAAUGGAAACAAGAAAAUGUAAAACCCAUGUCAUACAUAGAAGCUGAAUCUGUAGAUAACAUUGCAGAUAUCACAGGAGAAGAAAAAUGGGCACUUUAUCAAUAUUGGGUUCAAAAGAAAUGUAGCUCAAUAUAUGAAGUAAAUGCGAGUAAUCUUAAAUGUUAUGAACAGGCAUGUUUGAGAAAGAAGGAUGUUCAAAGAAUGAAAGAUAUAUUCAUUUUGAAAAAUGCAGAUAUUAUCGGUAUGACGAUUAAUGGCGCAGCGUUGCACAAGAUUGCUCUUGAUGAAAUUAAACCAGUCAUAACUAUUGUUGAAGAAGCUGCACACGUUUUUGAAUCCAACCUUAUAUCAAAUCUAACUUCAGGUUGUGAGCAGCUAAUAAUGAUAGGGGAUCACAAACAACUAAAGCCUAUACCAAACGAGUAUCGCUUAGAAGAAAAAGAUAUGAACGUUUCGCUAUUUGAAAGGUUGAUCAACAACGGUUUAAGGUAUCGGUGUUUGAAAACCCAGCACAGGAUGAGGCCUGAGAUAGCAGAUAAUGUCAGACGCUUUUAUGAAAACCUUCACGAUCAUGACAGCGUGAAAAAAUACGAAUCCGUGAUUGGUGUUGUUUCUAACAGUUUCUUCGUGGAUCACUGUAUCUACGAAGAGACUGAAACCAAUUCGGGUGACUACGUCAAUCGUCAUGAAAUUGAUUAUAUUCUAGCUCUAUGCAAGUACCUGCUUCUCCAAGGUUAUAAAGCUUCAAGAAUAACAAUUCUCACAAUGUACAAAAGUCAGCUGCACUUGAUGAAAACAGAAGCAAACAAAUUAAAUGAUGGCUGUCAAGAUGUUCACAUGACUUCGGUUGAUAAUUUCCAAGGAGAAGAAAAUGACAUAAUCUUAUUAUCGUUAGUUCGGAGCAACAAAAAUGGGAACAUUGGUUUUGUAAAAGACCAUAACCGGGUGUGUGUAGCUCUUUCUAGGAGCAGAAUUGGGUUGUAUAUAAUAGGAAAUAGCACUUGCUUGUCAGCAAAAUCAGAGCUUUGGAAAAAUGUUCUAUUAGAAAUGAAACAAAAAAGAAAACUUGGUAAAUCAUUACAGUUAUGUUGCCAAUACCAUUUAGACGACAAAGGCGUUAUGGCAAUGUCGGCUGGAGAUUUUAAAACUCGCUUUUGGAGAGGAUGUAACAGACCAUGUACUCGACGUUUAGACUGUGGACAUUUCUGUAGUAACAGUUGCCAUCCAAACAGAAGAGACCACAAAUGCACAAAGUGUAGCCACCAAAGCUAUACAAUUAAUCGAAACGGACCGGAACGUCAAAAGAAAGACAGAAAAGGUUAUUCCAGAAAAAGACCGGCAUCAGAUCUUGAUAUGGAAAGACCAAAGAAAAAGAGAUUGAAAUCAGAUUAUGCAGGCGAGAACAGAAAAUAUGUACAGCUUUCUAAGGUUCAAAAAGAUUGUAUGGAAUCGACAGUAAAACUAAAUAAUGGAAGCAGGAACAUAGUCACAACACAUGAAAAGAAUAACGAUUCAGAAGUACUGUACAUUAAAACACACACAAAUAACAUUUCUAUUCCUGACGAUACCGAUAAAAGAUACAUUAAAAUAAAAAGAGAGUCCAUAGUCAUGACAUCGAAGGCAACACGUAAACAUGUAAGGCUAAACCGUUCACAAAACCUUGAAAGACGGCGACAGGGUAAUGUUAAAUUACAUCGUGGAAAGGAGUUAUUUGUAUCAAGUGGUGCCUCAUCAGAGUCCAAAGCUAUUGUGUAUUAUGGCAACCAUGAAACAUUUGAUAACAAUAGUGAAGAGGAUCAAGAUAACAAUGGCCCCGCCGUCAAGAGAAUGAAAAAUCAUUUUCCAAUUCAAAACGGGGAUUUGAGACAUCUACUUCGAAGAAAUAUAUAUGACAGAAAUCAAGAACAAGAAUCGGACAGGACCGAAGGUGUUGUUCAUAAAAGGCCAAAAGACAUUGCAGGGAAUGAUUUGCGACAUAAAUUAGAUAAGAAAAUAAAAUGAAAUUGAAGAUUGAUGAAAAACUCAAAUAAACGAAUGUUAUCAAUUCAGUAUGAACAAGAUGUAGUUUUGCAUAAGGGAGAAUACUUAUCUAUUUUUAAUUGGAAUUUUUCCAAAAUUGUCAUACAGCUUAUAUACGUAAUGGGGCCGUCAUGGUGCUUAUUUGACUAAAUAUUCUACCACAAAUUACCUGUUUUAUGUUUUUCUAUUUGCAAACCUCGCAUACUAACCAGCAUGUGGAUGAUUUUUCAAUUAAUCAAAUGCAUCGUUAAAAUAGGUUUUACCUCAUGUUUGUGUUUGAUGAGAUUUUUUGCCUACUACAUUAUUGCAAUGAUUAAAUAGAUUAUCUAUUUUAAAAAAAAUCAGUAAAACUUUGUGUAAAAAGAUUUUAAAAACCAGUCCAAAAACGCUAGCUCAUUACCAAUACAUGCAUAUGAAAACACAACAUAUUUUAUGCAUUAUGUAACUACUGACAAGGUCUUUCAUGAGAUGUUGUUCAAUUGUGUUUAAAACUAUUUACUUUUCAGCGAUUCUUAUUGUAUUUAUUUUAAAACCAAUAUUAGAACGAGAUGUUAGAUUUUUAACAAAUGAACACAAACGUAACUCGCAUUUUUCUCAACGAUGAUUUCAAAAAGAAAAUUGCAUGUUUUCAUUUACCAUUGUAUUAAUAUAUUGCUGUAUCAAUUAAACUAUAGUAUGCUGAGAAAGAACGAUUCUGUAUGCUCACUUGAAAUCUAUUUUUUGCACAGCUAAUUAUUUGCUUUGAAAUGUUUGAGAAGGCAUUGCUUUAUAUUGCAAUUGUUCGAUGGUUCCUUCUUUAUCGAGAUGUCAUAUUAUAUUUAUAUUGUUCAAUUAUUGUGUAAUUUCUUUUCACUGUCGCUAGAUCUCGUGUUUUAUGUGCAUAAUUUUAUUGCAUAAUAUGCUCGUGUGAUUCUCCUUAAUUAUGAUAUUGUUAUUAUUUAUUUAUUAUCUAUUUAUAUUUUUUUUGCUGUUUUGUUUUUGUUGUUGCUUUGUUAUUGUUCGAAUUUUAUGGUUAAACGUAACAUGUCCUAUUUCUAGUACCGUAUCAUUUUUUGUAUAUAAAAACAACACCAUAACACAACAUUGAAUUUGUUUAUACCAUCAUUCAGGUUAUUGAUAUUUAACCUAUUAUAGUUAUGUUUUUUACCGUGGUUAAUUUAAAUCAUAAACAGUAACAUAAUGAAUAGUAGGUAGCUUAAAUGUAUAUGGAGAUUAGCGGAUAUUGGCCUUUUGUUUCUUUCCUUUUGCAUUUAAUCUAAAAUGGAAGGUAAUGGGAGGUAACUUAUGAAACACUUAAGAACUGCUUCCUUAAUUGCCAACUUAGUGACACAAAAAUAUACACUUUUUCAUUGUAUUCUUCUAGUAUUAAUUUACAUUGCCACAUUUGAUUCUUAUAUUUUUACUUUUUUAUUGCGUUUCAAAGAAUCUUCAAAGAAAUACAUAAAUAUGUAGUGUAUAAAUAAAUGUUCAUAAAAGUUUUGAUGUGUGUCAACACGUGUGUUAUGGAUAAUAUCAGUUGUUAGUAACAAAUCAAGCAUAGUUUAUCUUGGUUAUAUAUAAUGUUUUAUCAAACAUAAACAACAUCAUCAAAUAAGUUUGCAUUUUACGGAGAGAACGGACGUAAGUCAACCUAAUGUUAAACAAAAACGUACCUUUCGCACGAGUUAGGCAAAUUUCAAAUACACAACCCUGUAACAACAAAUAUAUCAUACCUACUUUUGAUUCCGUCAUCAUACAAGUAUGAGGUAUAUUUUCAUUACCUGUAGUUGAUUGUUAUACUGUCAUGGUUAUAGAUGCAAGUUUAUGCUGCUGAUGUAUAAAUCUAUAUUUACAUGGUAUUGUUGUUCGUUUCUGUAUUUACAUGUUGCUGUUUCAUUGAUAUACAUUUACAUGCUGUUUUUGCAAAAUUACAAAAUUAUCUUGUAUAAAUCUACUUUCUCAUUCAGUUGUUUUGAAAAUCAGUAUUUACAUGCUGUUGUUUUGAAAAUCUUUAUACACAUGGUGUUGUUUUGAAAAUCUACAUAUACAUUAUGUUAUUUUAAAAUAUCUAUUUUUGUUUAUGUUGUUUUCAAAAUUUAAGUCAUGUUGCAUAGAUCAGGAUUGACAUGCUGGUUUUAUGUAAAU